UUCAAUAACUUUUCUACAGCUAACAGAAGUGAGUCUGAGAAAUUCUCUAAAGCUGAGGUUGUCGUAGUUUUUUUGUCGCCUUUUUGACGGUUUGGAGUUCUUAGUUUUGAAAUGUAGUGGUCGGAGUUGUGUUAAGGACAGAAUGAGUUAUCGUUUAUGGCUUUCCAGUCGGAUUGGAAAGAGAAUUUAGACAUCACAUCGGCGGCAACCUAGAUCAGGGAUAUCACGGCGGUCGUCGAUAUGCAGUCCAAACGAGAAAGGGAGAGCGACCGUGAACGGGAUAGGAAAGCUUCUCGGCCCUCCCGAGGAAGCUUACACUCGCCAAGGAAUAGUUCUGGGUCUGGUUCUGGCGUGAUGAUGGUGGGACCGAAUUUUCGCGUCGGCAAGAAGAUUGGAUGUGGAAACUUCGGUGAACUCCGACUUGGGAAAAACCUAUACAACAAUGAGCAUGUCGCCAUCAAACUGGAACCCAUGAAAUCUAGAGCACCACAACUUCAUCUGGAAUACCGAUUUUACAAAGUACUCGGAAAUGCCGAGGGAGUACCUCAGGUACACUACUUUGGGCCAUGUGGAAAGUACAAUGCAUUAGUCAUGGAACUAUUAGGACCAAGCUUAGAGGAUUUGUUUGACCUCUGUAACAGACAGUUUAGCUUGAAGACAGUGCUAAUGAUUGCCAUUCAGUUGAUUUCAAGGCUUGAAUGUGUACAUUCGAAGAAUAUGAUCUACAGGGACAUUAAACCCGAAAAUUUCCUUAUUGGCCGGAAAUCCUCAGGCAAAGAGAAAACAAUUCACAUAAUAGACUUUGGUCUUGCCAAGGAGUUUAUUGAUCCAGAGACCAAGAAGCAUAUACCCUAUCGAGAACACAAAAGUCUAACUGGAACAGCAAGAUACAUGAGUAUUAACACACAUUUAGGAAAAGAGCAAAGUAGGAGAGAUGACUUAGAAGCUCUAGGGCACAUGUUCAUGUAUUUUCUUAGAGGAAGUCUGCCAUGGCAAGGACUCAAAGCAGACACCCUGAAAGAGAGAUAUCAAAAGAUUGGGGACACAAAACGUGCAACACCCAUUGAAGUCCUAUGUGAGAAUCAUCCAGAGGAGCUUGCCACAUACCUGCGCUAUGUUCGUAGACUUGAUUUUUUUGAAACUCCAGACUAUGAGUAUUUAAGAAAGUUGUUCAAGGAUCUCUUUGACAAAAAAGGCUAUGUUGACGAUGGAGAGUUUGAUUGGACGCACAAGCAAAUUCCUAGCCCGAUUAAUUCUCUGAGCCACUCAGAUCAACACAAUCAAAGAGAUUCUCAGCUUCCUCCUGGAUAUCAGAAAGGAAAUGAGAGACUUACUUCCACUUCUGUAACAAACAAGUCUGCUCAAGACAGAAAAGGUGCCUGGGCUGACAAUUCACAAGCUCUGAAGUCUGCUGGACUACUGGCGCCAACUGCAGACAGAUUAGGAGGCUCAGUACAGGUGGUCAGUUCAACAAAUGGGGACCUGGGUCCCGAUGAUAGUAGGCAUGAGAAGGUUGUUACCCCAAUACAUGCACAACAGCAACCUGAAGUUGAAGUUGUUGAGGAAACAAAGUGUUGUUGCUUUUUCAAAAGGAGAAAGAAGAAGAAGCAGCCGCCAGUGGCAAGACAGAAAUGAUAUUUGCCUCCCUCAACAUUUGGCUCAUAACCAAUAAAUCAGUAGUAUAAUGAUAAAGAUGUUGGAACCUUUUGUAGAAAGUUGGGUGAAUUUUAUAAUGAAAAGAGAUGGACUUUAAUAUUGAAGCAGAUCUUGGGUCUGUUACUAUUCCAUGACGGCUUGAUACAUUGCACAAAAAGAAGAAGAAUCUUUAGUUAAAAUAGUGAAACAUUUUAAUCUAGUUAAGCUUAUUUGGAACAAUGAGUAUUUAAGGUGAUUGACAGUUCAUGCUUUGAAGAAUCUUUUGUGCGACUUCUUCAGUUGAGUUUUGAUAGUGAUGUUAUCAGAUCAUUGGACAGUGCAGAAUUUUGUGUGAAUUACUGAAAGCGUAACAUAAACAAUGGGUAUGUAAAUCAGGACUGUUGAUCACCUUAAUCAAUAACUAUGAAAGUGAUCCAACCAUUUAUUUUGAACUUUUUAUAGAGUUUGUUCUAAUGACUUCUUUUCUAUCUCGUCAGUGAUUAUUUUUUAAUGUGACAAUUUUCUUGUUUCCCUGUGGCUUGCUUCGAAUAAAACAUUAAAUUUAAGACAAUCAUUUUAGUAUCUCAACUGAAAACAUGAACUGCAAUUUUGUGGCAUUCUUAUUUAUUUUGUUGGAAAUUUUCAGCACAUAUACAGGGUUGAGAUUGACUAAGUUGAGCAUUUUUGCUUUUAUCUCGUAUCUUCUGUUCAAACUUCCAUGCUUGAGGGUGUAUUCCAGUGGGCCUCGUCCUUUUUGUGACCGUUACUUUUUCUAAUGGGAAAAAAGUUUGGUGGUCUCUUGGGUAACUAAAUGAACUUCAAUUAUUUUUACUCUUUCACUCCCAAGAUUUCACUAUUUUAUUCUCCUUACUGUUUGCUACACAAUUCUCGUGAUGUUAAGAGGAUUUGGUAUUGGAUCAAUUAAUAUUCCCCUAAUUGAUAAUUAUCAUUUCUCUGCUUUUUUUUUUUGUGAUAUUGUAAGGAGAAAUUCUGUCUUGGUUACUCAUGGGUGUUAAAGGGUCAAGUGUUCAGCAAUUAUUGUUUAUCUCCAUGAUCAGUGAAUUUUUUUACUCGAGAGAGAUAGAUGGGUAACAACAGGUAACUUUUUAAGAUGUCCAACAUUCCAAAAACAAUAAUUAUAAUGUAAAGUCUUGGCAGUGGGGUUGAAUUAGGGCUGAUCUCAAUUUACAUCCAUUUCGACCAAUAUAGUCAUUGCUUUCCAAAUCAAAGUGUAUCUGGUUCUUUUGCGAAGUCAGAAUGUGCUGAAACAGUCAUUUCUGAGUUAUCAUGUUGGCUAACAUUUGUCUAAGAGGAUUGUUAAUCAUUUCAGGUUUAUAUACUGUUGGAAAUGCCCAUCCCGCUCUCAAAACAUGCAAGACUUUCCAUGUCACUUAACAAGAGACAUUUUCUCACCAUGGCUAUCUUUCUUUCAUUUGGAUUUUGUAAACUGAUUGACAGAAUUGACUUUCUCUUUGUAUGGCUUAGAAUAAAUCAGUUUCAGGAUCAUGACAUUGUUGAUCAUCACAAACAAGGAAAGGUCAAGAUUUGAGAGAAAUGAUCACUGAGAUCUUAGCACCAGAUUGGAUUGUUCAUCACUUGCCAGCAUGAUCUUUUUGUUGACGGUUUUGUAAUUUGAUUAUUUUAUUUUCAUUUCCAUUACAUCAAUUUUCAAGACCAGUUGUCAGUCAUUCAAAAUAAUAAAUAUAUAUAGAUACACAAAAACAAAUUCUACCUAUCAAACUUUUAUUCACUUUUAGUAGAAUUAUGUGUCACUAAUUAUAGGAACUAAGUUUCACACCGCAUAAUUAGCAUUCUGUAUGUAAAGUAUGUCUUCCAUUGGAAUAACCACAGUCUGAUGAUUGUGAAAGCAUGAAACUACGAGUCAUGGAAACUAUGUUUCGUCGUUGAUUUUACUAUUUCUAUAUAUACACAUGUAUAUAUUUUCCCUUUUCUAUGAUGAUAUAAUCUUGCUCUUAAGACUUGUUCUCAAUUUCAGGUAACCCAUUGUUUGCACAACCAGUCAACUUGCCUUCACACUGGAAUCCCAUUUAUUGUGCCAAUUAUUUCUCUCAUUUUUGAUGGUAAAGAAACUCCCCUCUAUCCUGUCCUUAGCGUCAAUUUAAGUAAAGAUCAUUUAGUUUUUACAGUGUGAGGAAAAUGUUACUUUCCUUGAUUAACAAAAAAGCUUUUAAAGAAGUUGCAAGAUCUUUGUAAACUUAAAUAAUUAUUAAAAGAAACCUUUUUUCUCAAA